AGGUUUUUAGUUGCCAAAAGGUUUCAUGGUUGCUGACGAGAUCGUGGCAAAGCAGAAACCACGUGAUACUAACCCAAAUCUCACAAGCGUUUGCACUUUCUGCUCUAAAGCCUUCUACCAUGAAACGAACCCGCGACGACGAGCGCGACGACGAGGUAGCGGUGACUGGCGGUGAGGACGGAGCAAGGAGACCCGCAAAACAUCAUAAACCUACAGAGGGAGCCGGCACCAAUGCACAUGUUGUCGCCCAACACUACAAUGCUCGACCCGAGGUGGGCCGCGACCGUCGAAAAGACUCGCCAAUCCUCCACCUGAAAAACUUUAACAACUGGAUCAAAUCUAUCUUGAUCAGUAAAUACGCUCAUAGAGGGUUCCAUGUAAUGGACUUUUGUUGUGGAAAAGGAGGAGACUUGCUCAAAUGGAGCAAAGCGGGAAUACGGCACCUGGUUGGAGUUGACAUUGCUGCCGUGUCUAUUGAACAAGCACAAGAACGAUAUACCCAAGGACGAGGAAACAGGUUCCAGGCGACAUUUUUUGCAGCGGAUUGUUUUGGAGUAUCCAUCUAUGACAAGCUUCCGCCGGGGCAUAAAUUGGAUCUUGUAAGCUGUCAGUUUGCGCUCCACUACUCCUUUGAAUCAGAGGCGAAGGCGCGCAUCGGACUGGAGAAUAUCACGAAAAGCCUGAAAACCGGUGGUCAUUUUAUUGGAACUAUCCCGAACGCAUAUUGGAUUGUAAAGAGAUUGCGCGCUGCUGAUGGGCUGUCGUUUGGGAAUUCCAUCUUGACGGUUGCCUUUGAUCAACGAGAUGACUACCCUCGUUUUGGGCACAAAUAUUGGUUCGAGCUAAAAGAUGCUAUCGAUAACUGUCCUGAGUAUCUCUUGCAUUUUCCCACAUUCGAAAAGUUGGCUUUAGAAUACGGUUUAGAGCUAGAAUAUAAGAAACCAUUCCAUGAAAUCUUCCAAGAGGAAUCGCAAAAUGAGCAGCAUCGAAAUCUGCUAUAUAGGAUGAAUGUUGUAAAUGACGAAGGCACAAUUUCCGCUGAUGAGUGGGAGGUAGCGGGUUUGUAUAUCGCCUUUGCCUUCCGUAAAGUCUCAUGAGCGAUCGUUCUCAUGCUGAAGAAUUCGUCUCGGAACUUUCCCUUUUGGAUUUGAAAUGCUGCCGCAUUCUUGCAGUCUACAUUGGACCAAUGUCAGUGGACUGAAAACUGGACAUAAACAAAUGCCAUUUGUGUACCUCCUGCCGCACUUCUUCCAUAGAUUUGGGGAGUUUCUGUAGUGCGGAAACCAUUGUAAAUACGGUAGCUCUCAGUAAAAGAACAAAUGAUAGAAACGCACAAAGAGCUGCUCUUCGGGCGUUUUGAAAGACUCCACCGUUUGUUGCU